UGCAGCGCGCGAGGGCGGCAGAAGAAGAACGAUCUUGCGCAAUGGCGGUCUACCUGACCGCCCUGGUCGCCGUGAUAUUCUACUACAUCGCUGUUAUGUGCGUCGGCGUGUGGUCGGGCCGCAAGCUGCACAAGAACGAUGGUCAGCGAGCGAGCACCCACGAGUCCAGCCGCUCGCACGCGUUGCACGGACGCUUCGUGCAGAAACUGUUCCUGGCCGACGGGAGGCUGUCGGUCUUCCUCGGGGUAUUCUCCAUGACGGCGACCUGGGUCGGUGGUGGCUACCUCAACGGAACGGCCGAGGCUGUCUACACUGGCGGUAUCGUGCACUGCUAUGCUCCAAUCGGGUACGCCUUCAGCCUCAUGCUCGGUGGCUGUCUGUUCGCGAAGAAGAUGCGAAAGGCUAACGCCAUCACCAUGCUGGACCCUUUCCAACAGCACUACGGCCGUUGGAUGGGCCUGUUACUCUGCCUGCCAGCCGUGUGUGGCGAAGUAUUCUGGACAGCCGCGAUGCUGGCGGCGUUAGGUCAAACGGCCGGCGUCAUCAUGGAGGUGAACUCUGCUAUAUUCGUCGUCGCCUCGGCGUCGAUCAUCUUGUUCUACACUGCGCUGGGUGGCUACUACUCGGUCUCGUACACCGACGUCUUCCAGAUAAGCAGCACAGCCGCGUUCCUGUGGAUAUGCGUGCCUUUCGCGGCAAAGAGCCACGCCACCAACGCCCUACGGCCUCCUCAUAACAAUUGGAUCGGUGAAGUCUCGUUGAAAGACGUUGUGAGGCUCAUGGAUGGUUUUCUGGUGACCGCCCUGGGAGGCAUACCAUGGCAGGUCUACUUCCAACGAGUCCUUGGCAGCGAGAGUCACUAUGCUGCCAGGAUGUUUUCGUACCUAGCUGCCAUAGGAUGCCUGUUCCUGGCCCUGCCACCAGCGAUCCUCGGAGCCAUGGCCAAGACCGCAAGUCAGACGCUCUACUUACUAUACUUCACGGCGGUCGGCUACCCGGGACCGGCCAUCCUGCGCGACCGAGACAGCUUGCGAGUGCUGCCUUUCUCGAUCCGCUACCUGACGACGCCCGCGGUCUCCGUGCUGGGCAUGAUCGGCAUCCUGGCGGCGGUCAUGUCGUCCGUCGACUCGUCCAUGCUCAGCGCCUCCGCUAUGGUCACCUGGAACGUCUACCACGCGCUCAUACGGCCGAAGGCCUCCGAGAGCGAAGUGGCGCUGACGCUCCGCCUCACGGUGUGCGUGAUCGGCGCCUCGGCCACCUACCUGGCGCUGUCGGUGCAGUCGGUGUUCGACCUGUGGGUCCUCUGCUCGGACGUGGUGUACGUGCUGCUCUUCCCACAGCUCGUGUGCGUGUUCUACCUCAAGGGCACCAACGCCUACGGCUCCGUCGGCGCUUUCGUCUUCGGGGCGUCUUCCCGGUGGCUGAUCGGAGAGGUGUCCAUCGGCUUGGCCGGGUACGACAGCAUCCGCGGCCACCAGAUCCCCUUCCGGCUGGCCUGCAUGGUUCUCAGCAUGUCCACCUUGAUACUGGUCUCCGUGAUCACCGCCGUGGCCUUCGAAAACCGCUGGCUGUCGCUCCGCUACGACGUGUUCCAUUGCUUCAGCGACACGCGGCCAACCACCGAGGAGUCCGUGCAGUCCAGCGAGAGACACCGUGUCGACGGCACUUUGAGCCACACACUCCGUGACAGAGUCGGCUCCGUCGCCCUGGCGGUAAGGGGCAUAUCUGGCGGUAAAAGGAGCCGCGACGCUUCUGGGAGCGAUGAAGAAAUCAAGCUCGCUUUGGACAGAAGACCCGAGCAACGCGGGAAAUACAGCGAGACUGACACAAACCGCAAGCCCGAGCAGAGUACCAAGCGCGACCACACGGACAAGGCGUCCUUUCGGAAGCUGAGCGAGGCCAAGGGAAGCACCGAGAGUGCUCGCACUAGCGAGCGCACUCACGCUUCUACUCGCAGCACCUUCAACUCAGCCAGGAAGAGCAGCGUGGGCAACCCGCGGCAGAAGUAGCGGCUAAAAGAGCGCGGCGCGCUUGCGAAGCAAGCAGCGGGCCACCUUUGUCGCCUGGUACCAGCAGAAGAGGAGGCUGAAGCCAGCAGCGAGAAACAUGAUACAGCUGCUUGUUUCAGAAGUCAAACUGCUGGUGCCAGCAGCCGGAGGACGCUGCAAAAAACUUUAGUUACUGAUGUUAGGCAUCGCAUAUUUGGUGCCUGAUGCCUGUAAAUAGUACGCGCUGGCACCAGCUAAUUAGAAUUUGAUAUAAUUAAUAAAUACGGCAUUGACUGUUA